AUGGGCUUCCAACCCCGUCCCAAGCCCCGGGGCCAUGAUGCUCACGAAUAUCGACGAUUCACUCUCAAAGCUCAUCAUCACAUCCACACCACCCUCGUCCACAACAUCAUGGCACAAGAAUCGAAAACCGGUUUGUACGAAGCUCUACGGAAGAAUCUCAUCUCAUCAGCUGGGAUCAACACGGUCGAAGAGUUCUUUCGGCUUGAUGACAGUAAAAUCAGAACACAGCUCUUGGUCCUUGGAGGCGAAAUCACAAAACAGUUUGCUCUCCUAGGGAUCAAAUUAGAUCGCGGUUGGGGUGAUAAUGGAUUCCCGAGAUUCACACACUUUGCUGAGAACAACCGCUUCCAACCUUUCAGGCCUCUUAUCACCCUCCUCCUCGACAAUCAAGCCAAAUCAUUAUCCAACCAAGAAAUGCUUGAGCUCAUCAACGAAGAAUUCAAUAGCCCCCCUACGCCUUUGUCAUUCAUACCGACCCCGCUGAGGACCGGCAUCACAUCCAGCCUCCCCAAUUCUUCCAGCCAGCUCAGUCACUUGCUUCCGACGCUUAAACGGGAAUUGAAGGACUCAAUGUAUACUAACGUCCCAGGUUUGCUCGAGCAUUUCAUCCAGAAGCAGCCCAUCGAUUCCGCCUCGCGUCUGGAACCCGACGAAAGCUUUAUUGAUCUCAAGUAUCGAGAAACGUUAUCAGACACGUCGGAGCGUUUCAUGUUGAACUGGAUCACUUCGUUCUUCAUCCAGUUGGACAAGCAAAAACCGAAAAUUCGAACUUCUCGUACUUGGAAGUCUCAACCUACCAUGUGUUUGGAGGGCGUUGAAGCGGCGCGCAAGUUGGGCGGAGCGAUCAUGUCCCGGAACUUGAAACACGAAAAUCAUAUUCAAGAUGUUCUAGUCCCUGUCGAGCUCAAGAAGAACAAAUCAGAUGCUAAAGAUGCUGCCAUUUGCUUGGCCAAAAACGUCUACGAGCUCUUUACAGCUCAGCCCACCCGAAGCUUUGUCAUUGGCUUGAAUCUGUGCGUUACCUCGUUUCAGUUCUGGCAGUUUGAUAGAUCCGGAGCCAUCGGUUCUGAAUUAUUUGACGUCAAAGCAAACCGAGAACAUAUCAAAAAGUUCUUUGCUCUCAUUCUACGGUUAUUAACAUGUGAUGAGCAACUCCUUGGCUUUGAUCCAACCUUCAUGCAGCUUCAAGGGCCUCGUACUGUCAUACGAAUUCAAACCAAGACCGGUCCUCAAGAGCUCGAAAUAAUCCGACCCCGGAUCUUUCGAGCAGCGGGAAUCUGCGGACGUGGGACAACCUGCUGGGAAGCAAAUCUCUCUGGAGAUAAGCUUCAAACCUUUCUGAUAAAAGAUUCAUGGCAACCCCUCUGCCAGACAGAAGAAGGUGUUAUGCUUCGCAACGUGACAGAAAAGAACAUAUCUCAUGUGGCGCGAUAUCAUCAUCAUGAAGACGUCCACGUGGCCAGCAAGAGAGUUGACAUUGAAUCUCACGUUCGGGGGGGCAUUGAUUUCAAAAGCGGCCAGAAGAUUCAAAUCACUAGCGCAUCCGCUGAUCGACAAGUGCCAAAUGACUUUAUUAAUCGGGUUCACAGACGCUUGAUUCUCAAAGAUGUGGGCCAACCGAUUUGGACAGCUGAUUCUCCGGCUGCCCUGUUGGAGGCCCUUGAGGGCUGUAUCAAAGGGCAUCAGGCCUUAUUGGACGCGGGCUUACUUCAUAGAGACAUCUCUAUCAACAAUCUCAUGAUCAACAACCAGACAGACGAUCCGGAUCGAAAAUCGUUCCUGAUCGACCUAGAUGUCGCGAUUGCUUACCCUAUAGCAAAUAGAGAAGACAGCUGUGCAAGAACGGGGACCAAAGUUUUCAUGUCGGUCAGUUUGCUCGAACAAGAAAAUCCACACGAUUUUGUGGAUGAUCUGGAAUCCUUUUUUUGGGUGUUGAUCUGGAUUUGCAUCCAUUAUCCUCUUGACCAAAGAACCCAAUCUGAGCUGACUGAAUGGAAUCAUCAGUCCCCAACUGCCCUAGGGGCCAUCAAGAAUCGUGCCCUUUUCAAGACUCAUCGGCUCACAAACCAUUUCACAUCUCUUUAUGCAAAUUCUCAACCUCUUAUCAACUGUGUCCAAACGUUUGCCGAAAUCAUGCGCAAUCCCAAUGUUAGAAUGGCCCAGUCUGAGACACUUUAUGAUGAAAUAUUGGGCAUCUUGCGGCAGGCACGGCAAAGAAUGCCGGAAUCACUGAGCCAGUCAUAAGUGUAACCCACUGACUUGAACCUAUCAUUUUUCUUUUUUUUCUACAGUUUGUUUUACACCCCAAUCAUCAUCCUUCCCCGCCAUUGAUCACCAAUCCCCUGUGGAUUUAGGCAAACUGUCUUCCUUUGGAAAAAGUGCUGUAUCUUUCCUCUUUUCCAAACCGUGUCUAAUUGUUGGAACAGUGAUUGUUUUUUUUCAAUCUUGUCAAAAAAAACAAUCAGGAGAAAUGAGGUUUUACCCCAAUUGUGUACAUCAUCUUAUUACAUCAUCCUCUUUUUUGCUAUGAUUAUACCUGCAA